GAAGAAGAAUCCUUAGUGCGCAUGUCUGUUCUGUCGGAGGAUAAACAAACAGGAUCCAGGUGAUAAAUAAAGAGUCACACGCAGAUGUGAGGAUGGGGAAGUCUUUCUCUCUCCUCACGAAGCAGCCCGAUGAGGGUCAGGACAGCAUGACGUCUCCUCUGGAGGAAGAGGAGGAGGAGAAGGUGGGAGACGUCUCUACGUUUCCGUACGUUGAGUUCACGGGACGGGACAGCGUCACAUGUCCCACCUGCCAGGGAACCGGACGCAUCCCCAGAGGACAGGAGAACCAACUGGUGGCUCUGAUCCCUUACAGCGACCAGAGGCUGAGGCCCCGCAGGACAAAGUUGUACGUCUCAGCGUCCGUGGCUGUCUGCCUGCUCCUCUCCAGCCUCGCCGUCUUCUUCCUCUUCCCUCGAUCCAUCGAUGUUUCCUACGUCGGCGUGAAGUCGGUGUUCGUCAGCUACAACCAGGACAAGCGCAGCGUCUACCUCAACAUCACGAACACUCUGAAUAUCACCAACAACAACUACUACUCGGUGCAAGUCGCUAACAUCACGGCGCAGGUUCAGUUCGCAAAGACCGUCAUCGGGAAAUCACGAAUCAGCAACACGACGGCCAUCAGCCCUCUGGACAUGAAGCAGAUGGACUACAUGGUCCCCACCAUCAUCGCAGAUGAGAUGAACUACAUGUAUGAUUACUGCACGCUGCAGACCAUCAGGGUGCACAACAUCGUGGUGAUGAUGCAAGUGACCGUCACCACGACGUACUUCGGCCAUGCGGAGCAGGUUUCUCAGGAGAUGUACCAGUACGUGGACUGUGGAGGAAACACCACCUCCGUCAGGGCGGGAGACUCAGUGCUCAGCCUGCAGCAGCCUAACGAGUAACAGCUGAUCACAUCAACACUAACACACACUGCUGUCUUCAUAGCUUCAAAUUCAUGUCUGACGGACGCUCUUUAUUCCAACACUGAAGAGUCCACGAACGUCUUCUGAUUUGUCCGUCUGAAAAGAAAAAGCCACUUCACUGUCUGUGUUUGUGGCUCGUUAAGAAAGGGUCCGAUUAUUCCUUCUGUUCACUUCCACACUAACAUAGAAGUGUUUCUAAUAGAGGAGCGUUGCGUUCAGGGGAAAGACACAUUAAUGUCGUAAUUAUGAGUUUUCAUGUCAUCAUUUCAACACAGUUCUGGAUGCUAUUUAAUAUUAAGAAACAUGAGUUUAUAUAUAUAGUGUAAAGGAAUUCUAGCUACAAUAACAAUCACUGUCUGUGUUUGUGGCUCGUUAAGAAAGGGUCCAAUUAUUCCUUCUGUUCACUUCCACACUAACAUAGAAGUGUUUCUAAUAGAGGAGCGUUGCGUUCAGGGGAAAGACACAUUAAUGUCGUAAUUAUGAGUUUUCAUGUCAUCAUUUCAACACAGUUCUGGAUGCUAUUUAAUAUUAAGAAACAUGAGUUUAUAUAUAUAGUGUAAAGGAAUUCUAGCUACAAUAACAAUCACUGUCUGUGUUUGUGGCUCGUUAAGAAAGGGUCCAGUAACGACUAAUUACCACACUAACAUAGGAGGAGAAGUGUUUGUGUUGCGUUCAGGGGAAAUACACAUUAAGGUAGUAAUUAUGAAGACUUUCUAGAUGCCAUUGAAUACCAUCAAACAUGAGAUUAUAUACAAAAAUUCUAGCUACAAUAACAAUGAUGUCACACGUACAUGUUAACCAGCAAACUGGUCCCUGAAGGCACCAUCUCCGUGUUUUGAACUCACCGGUGGGGUAUUUACUGACGUGAUUUCAGGAUAACAAACAAAAACACAUCCAGAAAACCAUUGACCUCCAGACCAGGGGACAGGAAGUGAGUCAUGUCAAGGGUUUAGGACUCAUUCCUGCACCUCUCUAGGUAAUCAGAUAUUACAUUUCUCACAACAUGGAGGUGUGUCAGGAAGUGAACUAACAUUUCAGACAGUUAAUGUAAAUUAUUCCCCCCCCCUCACAUUGACAUACACCGAUAUUAAAGUGGCUUCACAAAGAUCUAUUUAAGAGGAGGAAACACACAGAUUGUUAAAUCAAUAAAAGCUUGAUGAACGCACUUUAUGUUUGAAUAACUUUAUUAACCUCAAUCUUUCGAACGCAAGAAGUUAUGAAUUAAUGUUUUUAUUUAGCUCACUUUCUGCUGACUCACCGUCUGAUAUUUGGUCGUUAGAUGCUCAUUAUUACACGUCAUACAUUUCUAUGUGUUGUCUUUAACUUUAUAGAGAAAUGAAGGAACCUCUGCUGCAUUUAUUUUAAAGAUAGAAGGAAAAAAAAACGUCUUAGCUUGCCCGCUAACUGCUAAUAACCAGCGCUAACUGCUAAUAACCACCGCUAACAGCUUAUAACCACUGCUAAAUGCUAAUAACCAUCUCUUACUGCUAACUGCUAAUAACCACUGCUAACUGCUAAUAACAGCUGCUAACUGCUAAUAACCCCUGCUAACUGCUAAUAACCACUGCUAACUGCUAAUAACAGCUGCUAACUGCUAAUAACCACCUCUUACUGCUAACUGCUAAUAACUACUGCUUACUGCUAACUGCUAAUGACCACUGCUUACUGCUAAUGACCACCGCUAACUGCUAAUAACUACUGCUAACUGCUAAUGACCACCGCUAACUGCUAAUAACUACUGCUAACUGCUAAUGACCACCGCUAACUGCUAAUAACUACUGCUAACUGCUAAUGACCACUGCUUACUGCUAACUGCUAACUGCUAAUAACCACAGUUUAAACAGAGUCGAGCUCCUCUACAGAAGUCCGUUAGCUAUCAGAGGAUUUAAAUGACCCUAUAAAUACAGAGGGCGUCGGUUCUGUAAACAACACGGUUAUAGAAGCGCAAUAAAGAUUAUUACACUUUAAUUAAAGAGGAUUUUUCACAUUAAACUGAGCGUUUUAACUGAAUAUAAAACGUUGAAUCAGCUUUUUCUCUCAGAUGCUGUUCUGCUGCAACUUAUUGAUUAAUCUGUCAAAAAACAAAACCAAAAGAAAUCAAUGAAUAAAUAAUAUUUUAAACACACAGUAAAAAAAGCUGCUUCAUAAGUGACAGAAGCUUUUGUUUAAUUAUCAAAAUAUUCAGCAAUUAUUUUCCUAAAAUUAUUAAAUCCUCGCUAAGUUUUCUCUGUUUAAAAUCUGUACUAAAUUAAUAUAUUUUUCGCAACAUAGACCCCUGAAACCUUUUGUUUUAUUAUUAUCAUUAUUUAUAAUAAUUAUAAUUAUUUCAGCAGAAAUUCUAACAUUUCCUAAUUUAAUAUUUAAUAUUUUGUUUCCUGCUGAUAAAUCUUAUAAUUUAGGGCGUCUUGUAUUUAAUUAUUAAUAAUUCACGUGUUGAUUUCUUUGUUAAUAAUCACUUCUUCUACUUUAACAUCAAAAUAUCAAGAAAUAUUUUGUCCACAUAAUUUAUUUUGUAGACGUUUUGGACGAAGAAUCCUUCAUUUGAAAAGUAUUUUUAAUGAAUGAUUUGAACAUUGUGUUGUUUAUAAAUGAGUAUUCAUACAUGGACAGUUCAUGGCGUUUUGUACUGAAGGGUUCGGAUGUUUUUCACCCUCACAGGUUCCUACCUCUGAGUCACAUGUUGUUAUUCACAGCUCAUACUGACUGUUUGUUGUGGGAGCAUUAAUAAAGUUUUACAACCUAAA